AUGUUUCUUAAGAAGGCUGUUUUGUCAAAGAGUCCUUGGAACUAUGGCUGCAACUGCAAUUGUAAUUGCAUUCUCAUGGUAAUCUAUGGUGAACAUCAGCAAUUGGCCUUCACUAGACCAGGAUAUAAAGCUUGGAUGGAUAUAGAAAGUUCUCAAAGGAGCUUUGCUGACAUUGCAUCUUACAAAGGUAAAUUUUAUGCUGUAGAUCAUCAUGGUGGACUUGCUGUUUGUCACAUUGAUGAUAACAAAAAGCCAAGGGCUAAAGUUUUUGUGCCUUCUCUAGAAAGAAUCAGCACUGAAAAUGAAUCUAGUGAUGAAGACUCUGAAGUUGAUGUUGAAGAUGAGGACCCUAUGGAUGAAUCUGAUGACAAAGGCUUCAAUGAAAAUGAAAACCUCUAUGUGACAAUUGGGUUCAAAGUUGAUAGCUUGGGUGAUCAAGCAUUGUUUGUGGGUGACAGUUCAUCAUUGUCAUUGACUGCAUUGAGCCUCAAUGGAAUCAAACCUAAUUGUAUCUAUGUUACAGAUGAUGAUUUACCCCUUUUUCAUUGUACACAUAAUGGUGGAAGGUUUGACAUGGGCGUGUUUAGCAUGGAAAAUGCCACAGAUAAGCCACUUUAA